UCUCGUCGUUACACCGUAGUUCGGAAUAAAACGCCGUUGGAUUCGCAACAGCUCCACCUUCGAAAGUUGAAGUUGCAAAACCAGUUUUCCCUCGGGUCUCAUUGAAAAAUGAUUUCUCAACAUUGAGGAAACAAUUCAAAUAAAUGAGCUCCCAUUGACUACUGAGUGAACACCAUUUUCCUGAUUCGUGUAUUUUUUUUCGCAAUUCUGGAUACGAGAGCUCAUUGUGUGGACGAAUAUUUUUUAUCUACUCUCACACUCUAGAUUCGCUAAAUAUAACUCGAAUCGUGUGGUCAUCAUUCGUGCGAGAAUACUCGAUGCUGUUGAGGUAACAGGAGUUUUGAAAUUUAGAAAAAUGGAUUUUGUUUAUAUGCCUGAGGUGCUGGCAUAUGGCCCUUUGAGGACACCAGUUUAUCGGGAUUACGAGCAGCCUUGGAAUAAGGAUUAUUUCAAUUAUGGAAAGUCCACGUCCCAGACCACAAGCCAACAAGAAAAGAUUUCGUCACAAAAAUCGCGGUGCGAUCAGUGUCAUUUGUGCAAACAAAACAAGAGGCGACUGCUGGGGACGUACAUAAGGAAGAGUCGCUCGAACUCCUGCAACGAUAUUUUUGAGGAACAGGAGGAGGGAAUCGCCGAGGAAACUGGGGAAGAGGGGCUCGACAGAGACAUGCCUCAAGAGAAGAAGAGUGCGUCCAGCGAAGAAGUCAAGUCAAAAUUCUCGUUCCUCAGUGGGAGAAAGAGUUGAGGAGGCGGUGAGACUCACGAGAAAAGAUUGAGUAGUUGUUAAGGAUUGAGUUAAGUUCGAUUAUUAAGACUUAUUUUAUAUUUUGUUUAAGAAUUUAAGAGGGUUGGAGAAUGUGAGGGAUAGUUUUGUACUUGGCAAUCAAAAACGAAACAAUCGUCUGUUAUUAUUCUGGAAUUAUCUUGAGAGGGAGGGGUUUUGGGAAAAAACUUCAGAAGAAACAUUUGUAAAUGAAAACAUUUCCUACAAAAAAUUUCUUGUGACAUUUUGUCGUGAGAGCAUUUGCUAAUGAGAUAAUCAAAUAUUUAUAACCAAGUGAAAAAAAUUUUUCUAGUAUUUUCCAGAUUUGCUCGUUGUUAACGGACUUUCAAGUCAACUGUCACUUGAAAACGACUGGUUUUAGGAAGAAAUAUCACAAGAUCUUUUUGUCAAUAAAAUUCGGAAUUUAUCAACAGGGAAGACGUUUCGCCAAUUUUUGUACUAAAAAUAAUAUUGUUAAUUAAUUUCGUUUUUCUCGAUAAUUUUGACAGCAUCAAUGCCAAGAACAAGGAGAUGCUGAAUAAGAAGCCAUUAAUAUCUCAAGAGAAAGAGAAUGAAAGCCUUGGGCUUCGUUCAACAAAUAAUUACUAUCCAUCAUCAUUUUUAGUGUUUAGUCAUUACUAAUAAGUGUAAUAAACCACACAUAAAGCUUUACGAUAAUUGAGUGCUGGCUAACGAGACCUCAACAACCAAUCCAAACACCGCAAGAACGGCCUUAUCAUCGCGAAUAAAUAUUUUUUGUAACAAUAAGCAUCAUCAAAAUCGAAACAAGUCUUCACAGGAAGAAUGUUGAGGUCCUCGAUGGGAACAUUAUCUCCUCAAUCUUUCUAUUCCGUGUAAAUACCUCAUGUUUUGAGUGAGAAUGAAAGAUGCUAACGGAGGUGUUCAUUUUUCAAGAAAUAAUGAAUAGAGAAAAGAUAUUCGAUAAUUAGUUCUAAGCAAAGCGUCCUUCGUGUUUCUAUUUAUAAAUUCCUAACGACCUUUAUAAGAAUAAAUUUUAUAUUUAUGUAAUCUACUGAUUACGUGGGUUAUUUCAAUAUUGAGAUACGAAUACUCCAAAAUUAUUCGGAAUCAAAUGUUCGAAACGAACUAAUUUUGCAAAUAAAGAGAUUUUUUCAAGAA